CAUCUUUUAAAUGCAUAUUCGGCUUUCUCUGGUUCUGACUGUAUCAAAGUACUGAAAAUUUGUAUUACUGAUAACACUGUAUGGAUUAAAUGAGGCUAUUCAAUGACGUCCAGUGAUAAUCAAAAAGAUUGUUUAGCUUGCCGUUUAAUAAGUGGUUUCGGACUAAUUGCCAUGGGAGCAUAUAUUUUCUCACAAUCUAAAAAUCGUAAAAAAAUUGAAAUGAAUACAAUGCGAUUGAUUUCGGGAAGUGUGGUGUCCCUAGGUUUGGCCAGACUAUCAAACGCAAGCCUUUUGAAAUCAAACAGCUCCGAGGCCUAAAUGUCACAAUAGUUUUAAGUGCUAAGUUAAUUUAUAAAGUUCCUUACUUACGUAUAACAAAAAGAUGGGUGUACGUAUUUGUGUAUGCUGAACAUAUACUAAUAAAAAUUUUUAGUAAUGUUGCCUAA